AUGGAUGGACUGACAUGGCUAAUCAUGUCUUGGCUUAUCGUGGGCGUAUUAUGCUAUUUUAUGCUUGCUAAAGUAGGUACAUCUCAGACUGCAGUAACUACUGGGGUAAAUAAUACCAUGAUCAAAUCUCAUACUGCUUCCAGCAAUAGGAAUAAUGAUCAAUAUUCAACAGAUUGGUUAAAUGAUAUUAUCGGAUGGUUAUUCAAUAAUAUGCACCGCGUACCGGAUACAUUGCAAGCUUGGAUAACUGCUAUGAAUGAAGCUGCUAAAAAAAUUUCCAUACCCGGAAAAUUUGAAGUAUUAUUCGAAGGUUUUAGCGAUAAUAAAAAUGUUACAAAAGCGCCACGUAUCACCGAUAUUCGCUUGCAACAAUUACCUAAUGAUCAUCUUAUUAUAAAAAGUAAAAUCAGUGUACCAGAAGUAAACCUAAGAUUGAUGAGUUCGCAACGAACGGGCGAUCGAUUAUUAGUUACUAACUUCGAUGCUAAAAUUAUCGACUUGCAUGGAGAGAUCGAAUUAUGUGUAGCAUGUAUCGCUAAUCAAAUCUACAUGAUGGCAUGCUUUUGUGGACGACCAGAAUUAGAUAUAGAAUUAAUAAAUAGAGAUCCUGUUCCGGUAUGGAAAGUCCUAUAUUUUUACAGGGAAUUAAUUGCUGUGCAUUUCAAAAACGAAAAGAUCAUGGAUGGACUGACAUGGCUAAUCAUGUCUUGGCUUAUCGUGGGCGUAUUAUGCUAUUUUAUGCUUGCUAAAGUAGGUACAUCUCAGACUGCAGUAACUACUGGGGUAAAUAAUACCAUGAUCAAAUCUCAUACUGCUUCCAGCAAUAGGAAUAAUGAUCAAUAUUCAACAGAUUGGUUAAAUGAUAUUAUCGGAUGGUUAUUCAAUAAUAUGCACCGCGUACCGGAUACAUUGCAAGCUUGGAUAACUGCUAUGAAUGAAGCUGCUAAAAAAAUUUCCAUACCCGGAAAAUUUGAAGUAUUAUUCGAAGGUUUUAGCGAUAAUAAAAAUGUUACAAAAGCGCCACGUAUCACCGAUAUUCGCUUGCAACAAUUACCUAAUGAUCAUCUUAUUAUAAAAAGUAAAAUCAGUGUACCAGAAGUAAACCUAAGAUUGAUGAGUUCGCAACGAACGGGCGAUCGAUUAUUAGUUACUAACUUCGAUGCUAAAAUUAUCGACUUGCAUGGAGAGAUCGAAUUAUGUGUAGCAUGUAUCGCUAAUCAAAUCUACAUGAUGGCAUGCUUUUGUGGACGACCAGAAUUAGAUAUAGAAUUAAUAAAUAGAGAUCCUGUUCCGACCGGGACGGUCUCUAGUACGAUGGUCGAUGAAAUGAUCCGUAAAUGUCUUCUUUCCGCCGUUACCAAUGUGUCAUUAUUGGAACCGGCUGGACAAUGUGGUAGAAUAGCAACCGGUAUAAUGCCGUCUAACAUAUUUUCAACAGCUCCACGUGUGAUCACGACAAAUGUUAAUGGGUCAGAUACGGUCGACAGUAGCGGCGAUAUGCUGGCUACAGUAACAUCAACACAUGAAAUGAUGAAACGAAUGAACC